GCUCGCCUGCCCUGCUCUUUACUCGCUAGUCUUUCGGUACGCGUGCGCGUGCGCGUGCGAAGGCGAGCGGGAGAGCGGAAGAAACAAGAGGCGGCGGCUGCUGCUUCCGUUGCAUGUGAGGCGCGGCCGCGAGGGGAGCGCGGGCCAUGUCGAUCGCGCUGGAGAGCGGGCGCGGGCUGGGCGGCGGCCCCCGGUUCGGCCGCGUCGCCCGCUGCGGCUACGCGGCCUCGCCGCCGCCGUCGGCGGGGCGCGGCGGCUCGUCCUCGGUGGGGCGGGACAGCGACAGCCCCGCGGCGGCGGCGCAGUGGGAGUGGGACGGCGAGGAGGUCGAGGGCGGCGACGGCGAGGUGCAGAGCUCGUACAAGGGCUCGCCCUUCGACACCAUGGACGCGCUCCAGGAGGCCCUGCCCUUCAGGAAAGGGGUAUGCAAGUUCUACAAUGGCAAGUCUGGAUCCUUUGCAAACCUUCAAGAUGCUGUAAUUCUGUCUCCCCCGCAGAAAGACCUUCCAAAGCCAGAAACACCAUCCCCUAGGAAGCGCAAAGGUCUUCUUCCAUUCAGUUUCAAGUGGGGCAAACCACAGAAUAAAGAGGUGUUCCCUGAAGAUGAUGUUGUCAAUAGCCCCACGAAUUGUAGGAGGUUGACAAUAUCGCCUGCUGCCACAAGCAGCUCAGGAAGCAACAGUGGCAGUGAUGAUGAACAUUGCCGCUCUCAGAAGCCAUCUUCCCGUCGCCCGCACAGAAGGCCCAGCAAUGCCAUGGAUGCCUUUGCUUCUCCACCUGCACCUCGUCCACCCCAGCUGUUCUCAGCUCCUAUGAGAUCACAUUCAAUGCUUAAUCUGCAGGAUGUGACAGACUCAACCGCCAUGGUUACCCCCAGGGACAAGCGCAUGAAGAAUUAGGAAAGCCUGAAUCUUGGUUACUCCCAGGGACAAGCACAUGAAGACUCAGCGAAACCUGAACCUUGUCAUCAGCCGACCACUGGUGUCCAUUUUAGACAGCGGAAUCCAGUGGCUGAUGCCUGCAUACUAGGCUCUCCAUGCUAUGCGAGAUUGAAUGGACUCGUGUAGUCGUGUUGAUAGAGUUGGGAUUCUCCUUUUACCUGGUGUAAUGCGAAACAUACAGGUGAACUUGGCAAACUUAUGAUGGGACUAAGCAGUGGGCUGUAUGCAUUGGUUACUGGUUGACUUGUAAAUUCUGGAAUCUGCUUUUGUCUACUAAUUCAGUCCUGUUGCCAACACUGAUCCUUUUAUAUCUUUUGCAUUGCUCGUCCUUCUGAAUUA